UAUGGCUCAUAAUGUUGCUGGAUUAACUGUUAGCCUCAAUGAGGCUGAAAGAUUAGAGAAAGAAACCGCGGAAAGACUAUUGAAAUCGCGAAAGUUAUCUUUAAUAGUCGAUUUAGAUCAAACUCUAAUUCACGCAACCGUAGAUCCAACGGUAGAUGAAUGGAUUAAUGAUGAAAAUAAUAUUAAUAAUCCUACGAUUAAGGACAUUCAUAAAUUUGUUCUAUCUGAUAGUCCAACGAAAAAUAUACGACGUUUAUUUCCCUGCGAUGACUCCAUGGUCGUUGCAAUUGAUGAUCGAGCUGACAAACCAACUAAUGUUCCAACUAGUGUUCCAACUGAUGUUCCAACUGAUGUUCCAACUAGUGUUCCAACUGAUGCCCCAACUGAUGCCCCAACUGAUGUCCCAACUGAUGUCCCAACUGAUGUCCCAACUGAUGUCUCAACUGAUGUCUCAACUGAUGUCCCAACUGAUGUCCCAACUGAUGUCAUUUCAAAAGAACCAAUAACACCCUCCUCGUUGGAGAGUGAUACUGUU